UUGAGCAUUUGAUGAGUUGUCAAAAUGCACAGUCGACGUAUCCAACGCAGACGUUAAAGGGGACAUUUUAGAUUUGUAAAUUGUUGACAAAUGUUGUCUUCAUAGCAAGUUCUAAUAAUAACAUUAUCUUUCUCAAUUACAACAUGACAUCUGAAUCAGAAGAGGAAAUUUUUACGCGCUAUGCAACGAACCAGACGGGGCCUAAACACAGGUCAGUGCCGAAGAAGAGGCAAUCAAGAAUGAAAAGACUGUUAAACAGCGGCAAACGAAAGUCUUCCGCAUCUGUAGAAAUCACACCUGCACGCGUAUAUUUGUUCAAUUUCUUUCUCUUCAGUUCGAUUGGAAGCUUGAUGCCCUUCAUGCCUGUAUUUUUCAAACUCAUUGGCUUCAGUUCACUAGAGAAUGGGCUUUUGUUUGCUGUGAGGCCAUUGAUUUCGUUUUGGUGGGGACCUCUUGUGGCGUCAUUUGUCACUAGCUCAAAGUUUAGACAGUUGAUAUUAUUCACAUGUGUUGCUGGAACAGUUGCCAGCACAUUUUGCAUAUCAGUUGUAAGAACAAACGACGGAGGCAAUCUUGAAGAUAUCGCUUGUCAACUAGAGACUGUUCGGACUCAUUAUGGCCGGAAUCAUCACAAAAGUGUCGUUACAUCCAAUUAUUCGCAAACGAUUCCAAGCAGCCUACCCAAAGCAGCAAAAGAAAGUGGUCCUACAAACAAAACUACUUUGUCUUCCUGGAAAACGUAUAUCACUAAAACAAGCAAGCAAAUUUAUCAUCAACUUGAAAAGGGAAUCGUGAUGAAGAAUUUGUUUUUUUCAGUCCUUGUGCUUACAAUAUUAAGUGAACUGUUUAUGAGCCCAACUAUGCAUGUUUCUCAAGCAUCAAUCAAGUUCAAAAGUGACCAGCCCUUUUUUAACAGCCUUUGCAUUAAUCGUGCAUUCUGUAGAAUAGGCAUGACAGUAGCAGCAUUGUCAAUUUCAUUUGUGGCAUGGAAGUACCGCUGCACUUUCCAGAAUGUUCACUUCUUUUACUUUCAUUUUUAUGGCUUUCUUGCCACUGGAUGUAUCACAGCAUUAAUGUCAAUAAUUUUGCCAUCUCAGAGCCACCACAAAACAUCAUUUGCUACAAUGAUAUGUAACAGUUUUCUCACUGUUGUCUUCGACUGGAACAAUUUUGGUUAUAUUUUCGGCUUGUGGAUUGCAGGUAUAGCAGAGGGCACCAUUAAUGCCUACAUACUUUGGUAUGCUUAUGACAUCGGUGCAUCAGAGCUUGUAAUUGGUAUUCUUGUUGCCUUGGCUCUGUUUACAGACAUGGUGUUCCACUUAACAGUUGGUUACUCCAUGAAAUGGAUUGGUCACAAUGGACUUUUGUCUGUUGGAAUAUUCUUGAUGGCCAUACAGUUUUUCAUCCUCACAUAUGUAGGAAAUAUUCUGUACAUUCUUCCUUCACAACUUUUGUGUGGAAUAGCAAGCUGUUGUGUGCGAAGCUCGUUUAUUGGCUGUGCAAAACGCAAUGCAAACAAAGAUAUGGAGAAAAUAUUGUUCUUUGUUUUCCAGGCUUCAUACAUGGGGCUAGGCCUUGGUCUUGGGGGCAUUUUUGUUGCAAUCCCUUAUUACACAUUAGGAGCACAAAAGACUUUUAGUGCCCUCUCUGUGUUAACACUUUCAUACACAUGCUUGUACAUCAUUAUAAAGAUUGGCAUGUGGAUAAAAAGCCCAAGAAAAACAGACAAAAUCGCUUACCAGAAGUUAAAUACACGGGAUAGAAGAAAAGGUGACUGGCUUUUGGAUGCUCUGCAAGAUGAAGAGGCAGAAGAAAAGACAAAUACCAGUAAAGAAGGUACAGGAGAAGAGAUAUUUUUCAUGGAAGAAGGAGUAGCUUCUAAGACUGAAGCCCAACUAGAUAAAGUGGAGGAGCCUUCAACAAUGUCCAACAAUAACAAAACAGAGGAAGAAUCACCUGAUGAUCAUACUGUAACUUAAUCAUCAUGUAUCCUUGUACAAAUUAUAGAGAGGACCAGAUGUAUCAUAGUUUUAGAUCCAAAGAGCAAUAGAAACCAGUUUGCUUUUUGUUAUAUGUAACUUUUUGGCAAUAUUUAUAUAUGUAGUUUAUUUACGUCAAAGGGAGGCAACAGAAGGAUGAAACUUGUUUCAUUAUUUAUAAGUGUCAAUUAGAAGAAAGCAGUUUGCCCAAUAGUUGAUAUUUUUACAUUCAUAAAUUUUAGUCAGAUAACAUAGAGUUAUGAGAAAAAGUUGGGGAAACAUUUCUUUGUCUUUACUUCUGCACUUUUCAAGAUCUUGAAGCCAAUUUUUGCAUUUUAGGAAGAAGAAACAACUUCACUUUUCUAGUGUGUUGAAAUAAGAGCCUGCUUUUCCAUUAUAUGAUAACCCUGAUUAAAAAACAAAGAGAUUGUAUCAGCCAGAAUUGACAAUAUCUGGUCUCAGAACAGCCACAUAGCUGCAGGGCGUGCACAGGGGGCUGCCCCCCCCAAAUAGAAAUUUUGACAGCAACUUGCCCCCUCUGGCUACACUUUUUCCAAAUUAUAUUUUGAAAAGUUGGCAUAAUUAUGUAUAAUUCUGUGAGCUUGAUUUAGUCCAAAUAUAUUUGUUUGUUAUAAAUCUGCUCUCUUGUUUUAAAGACUGCCCUGCCCCCCUCAGGAAUGGUUCUUGCUCGAGUUUGCCCACCCUAGCUGUCAUCUACAGCUACAUGGUUGUCUCAGAAUGUAUUUUACGCUCUAGACUGUUUCAAGGACUUUGUUUCUAAGCCGCAAUUAUGUAUAAAGCUCAAUUGGAAAAUUUGGAGCAUUAGCUGCCAUACCUAAAAGAUGGAACAACGCCUUUUUGAAAAAAUUGAAAUUAAACAACUCAAUUUGCAAAUCUAUAUGUUACAGCUUUCAAUAAUGUCAAAUUUUUUUGGAAUUUGCUAAUUCCCUUCAAUUUCUUUGCAAUUUUGGACAAUCACCAAGGGACAGAGGCAGAGAAAAUUGGCUGAUUAUAUAUACCUUUUUUUACCAAAAUUAAAUGUAUCUAUUACAGUAGCACCAAAAUGUAGUUCAAAAAGCGCCAAAUCUUCUUGCAAAUGAGCUGAGGUUAAUUAUACUUAGUUCUUUAAUGAAAUUAUUAAUUUUCAAUAACUAUUUUCUUCUUUUUGUCAACAUUUUAAUUUAAUACGAUGGGUACCACAAUGAGUGGUUUGCUCUUUGGAACAAGCAGUUUUGGUCCCAUGCAUUCAAGUUUGCACAGUAUGACUGGUUUUGAUAUGAUCUUGGGUGCACCAACAGUCCUCCAUACUGGAUCGCAAUUUUAAAGACAUUUAAAAUCUGGCUUUUAAAAUUAUAAAAAUACUUAAAUUUGCAUCUUUUACACUUUCUAGCAGUUAAAAGAAGUUAAAUAUCAUAAUGAUCAACUUUCAAGACUAGGGGUAACAUUUAAGAAGAUAAACGUAGAUAUAGAAAAUUAAGGGCUAUUUAUCCAGCAAAUAGACCAUUUACAACCACUGCAGAGAAUACUUCAGAUUGAAGGGGCUAAAAGUGGUUGCCUUUUGUGUGGUUUUAAACAGGGAC